AUGCCGGAUGAAACUAGCCGCGCCUGUUGUUCAGUGCGAAUCAUUGCAUCGGAAGACUCGGCAUUGCAAACCGAAUGUCCCGCUUGCGACCGAUCAGGUGUGACGGACCGUUUGAUGGUCAAGUGUGACUCGUGUGAAAUCUGGUAUCACUCUAUCUGCGUCGGGGUUGAUGAGUCCGUGAUGGAUCGAAGCUUCUGUUGUACCCAGUGUCUACAUCGUCAUUCGCCUGUCUCCUCGCAUGUCGGGAAAUCAUCGACCACUAGUGCCAUUCAAGCAAGGGUCGAACUUCAAAUGCAACGUAUAGAGGAAGAGAAGCGGGUCCAGGAGAGGCUCAUGCGGGAAAUUGAGGAGCAGGAGAAGGCUUUACGAGAAAAAUCGAUGCAGCAAGAGCUUGAAAGCAAGCGGAAAGCGAAUCAGCAACGGUGGGAAUUGGAGAGGCAAUUCAUCGGCAGGAAGUACAACCUUCUGCAGUCCGUGAAUGAAGGUGACGACAAUGUGAGUGUGAGGAGCCUACGUAGUAAUCGUAGCUCUAAAAGCACGGUUCAUCGGUGGUUGGAAGACCAGAGAGAAACGAUCAUGGCAGCUUGUGCUGGGAACGUUGAAGUCCCAGUAGUUACCACAUCGUAUACUGGAACGAUCCCGAAACGGACCACUGCAAGGAGCAUAAUUACCAGUAGGAACCCAACCACACCAGUCAUAACAAGCAUUUCAUCGAGACAAGCACAGGUCAGGUAUACAGAUGAAAACUCACUGUACGACAUCGCAGUAGGUGGAGUACCAGUCCCUGUCAGUGGCCAAUUUUUCGAGGCGGUCGGCGCAUCAGUUCCAGUAUCAAACGUCGAUACAUUUCCGGCUCCCGUUCGUAAUCCAAUACCUGCAUUCAGCGAUUUGAUCUCUCCACCAACUUCAAAACCAGAGGAACUUGCGAAGACUUUCUCCGAAAUCUCGUCGAACGCAGUGAUGGCCCAGAGGAAACUGGAGCAACAGAUACUCGAUUUGCAGCAACAGAUGGACGAUCUUCAACGGCAGUCAGCGAAUCAACUUCGGUCCCAGCAGGAUCGAGAUAUUCUGAUGACUCAAAUUCCAGCUGUAACUGAUUCAAGUUCACACGGUAGGGUGGGAAGGAUGCCAGUAGUUCCACCAAGGAUGCCAGUAGUUCCACCAAACGUUCCGAUAUGUGGUCCGAAUGCCCAGCAACUUGCUGCCCGGCAUGUCGUGCCAAAGGAACUUCCUCACUUCGAUGGUAAUCCAUUGGAUUGGCCUUUGUUCUUCAGUAGCUACACAAACUCAACCCAAAUGUGUGGCUACACUGAUGCAGAGAAUUUGAUGCGGUUACAGCGUUGCUUGAAGGGCAAUGCUCUUAGUGCGGUGAGCUAUCAACUUCUGCAUCCAUCUUCCGUCCCGCAAGUAAUGGAAACUUUGCGAACAUUGUACGGUCGGCCGGAGUUGGUCGUGAACAUUCUUCUCACUAAAGUUCGAUCCACUCCCGCACCAAGGGCUGACAAAUUGGAGAGUAUUAUCAGCUUCGGUCUCGUAGUGCAGAAUCUUUGUGGUCAUCUGUGCUCGUUGGGUAUGGAGAACCAUCUGUCAAACCCGACUCUGUUGCAAGAGCUGGUGGCAGCUUCGAAGUCGGAGAAACCGAAAGGGAAAGAAAAGGGUUUCCUAAACACUCAUGCGGAUGAUGGUGAUAGAGUAAAGGUGCAAGGUGAAUGGAAGCACAACGUCAACACUGUGGAAAAAGGUCCAGUUCAGCCGAAACCAUGUCCAGUGUGUCAGAAGAAUGGCCAUAAGCGGAAAGAGUGCUACAAGUUUCAGAAGAGCAACAUCGAUGAGCGUUGGAAAUUGGUCCAGCAGCUACAUCUGUGUCGACGCUGUUUGGCAUCCCAUGGAAAAUGGCCCUGCAAGGCACCGUUAUGUGGACAGAAUGGCUGCGAAUUAAAGCACCAUAGUCUGUUGCAUUCAGAAAAGGCGGAGACUCCAGCAACCAAAGACAUCUCUUCUCAAUCAACUGCGAAGGUGAAUGUGCACCGUCAAGGCUCGCGGUCUACUCUCUUCCGGAUUGUGCCAGUGCAGUUGUACGGUAAGGACUCAUCAAUCGACAUAUUAGCUUUCUUGGAUGACGGGUCGUCGUUUACGUUGAUGGAGCAAGAAGUUGCGGAUCAGCUCGGAAUCGACGGUGUGAUUGAACCCCUUUGCCUUCAGUGGACAAACAAUGUUACACGCACGGAAUCGGAAUCCAAGGUAGUACAGUUGGGAAUCUCCAGUAUUAGCGGUGACAAGCGAUAUAUGUUAGAGCGAGUAAGAACGGUUGAAAGUCUCGGGCUACCUCCACAAUCUCUUCACUUCGAACAAAUGGAACAAAAAUUUCCAUAUCUUCGGGGGCUACCAGUGAACAGCUACAGCGGAGCAGUUCCACGUAUCCUGAUUGGCUUAGACAAUACCGACUUGAUGGUGACACUGAAGAAGCGGAUCGGCAAACCUCUGGAGCCAGUUGCGACGAAAACGAAGCUAGGUUGGACAGUCUAUGGGAACGUGGAAGGCCUUGAUGAUCCACCAGAACAUCGCCUUCUGCACGUUUGCUCGGGAUCAACCGAUCGUGAACUACAUGAUCUCGUCGAGGAGUUCUUCACCGUUGAAAGUACUGGUGUGAAGGUCGCACCGAUAGUCGAAGCAGAUGAUGAUCGUCGGGCACGGGAAAUCAUGGAGAAAACCACGAUUCGUACACCAUCUGGGAGAUUUGAAACGGGUUUGUUAUGGCGUUAUGACUGCAUCGAGUUUCCCGAAAGCCGCCCGAUGGCAGAGCGGCGGCUUAAGUGUCUCGAGCGUAAACUGACUGCAGAUGCGGAACUUUACAACAAAGUGAAGUUACACAUCGCUGACCUGGAGGCCAAAGGAUACAUCCAUAAGGCGACACCGGAGGAACUGGCGAACUUUGAUCCGCGGAGAACCUGGUUCCUUCCGUUGGGAUUGGUUAUCAACCCAAACAAACCAGGAAAGAUCCGUAUGGUGUGGGAUGCGGCAGCGAAGGUGGAAGGCGUGUCAUUAAACUCCAUGCUUCUGAAAGGACCCGAUCUUCUAACAUCCCUCAAGUCAGUUCUACACCGUUUCCGACAGCGGCAGGUAGCUGUGUACGUAAAGAACCGGAAUGCUGAGGAGAACAGAACAGAAUUUCCAGAAGCCGUCGAAGCAAUAGUCAACAACCACUACGUCGAUGACUACCUCGACAGUAGGGACACCGAAGAAGAGGCAAUCCGAAUAGCGUCAGAGGUUAAGCAAGUUCAUGCAAAGGCUGGGUUCGAGCUCCGUAACUGGUUGUCGAAUUCGGAAGAAGUUGUUCGACGGGUCGGGGAAAGCUCUGCAAGCGAAUGCAAAAGCUUCGCGACGGACAAGUCUACAGGGAUCGAAAGAGUCCUCGGCAUGCGAUGGCAGCCCAUCAACGACGAAUUCACAUUCAGACUUUGCUUGCGGGAAGACGUCGCGCAGUUGUUGAGUGGCGAUAUGAUUCCGACCAAGCGAGAAGUUCUUCGAGUCGUCAUGAGCGUCUUUGAUCCACUGGGACUAGUAGCAGCAUACGUUGUUCACGGGAAGUGUUUGGUGCAAGACAUAUGGAGAAGCAAGAUAGCAUGGGAUCAGCGAAUUCCAAAGGAAAUCUGCAGUCGAUGGCGUCAGUGGGUGCAAGCACUUAAAGGAAUGGAUCGAGAAACAGUGCCGCGAUGCUACUUCCCAGGAUACAGCAGUGCCGGCUUAGACAACAUAGAAUUACAUGUCUUCGUGGAUGCAAGUCUGGUGGCAUUUUCUUGCGUGGCAUACUUUCGCAUCAUCGAUGAAGGACAAGUACGCUGCGCAUUGGUGGCAGCAAAGUCCAAGGUAGCCCCGUUGAAACCACUGUCCAUUCCACGGCUGGAACUGCAAGCGGCAGUUCUUGGAAGUCGCCUAAUGAAGUCUGUUCAAGAGAGCCACACCUUACCUAUACGACGUCGAAUGAUCUGGAGCGAUUCAAGCACGGUAUUAUCUUGGAUCCAGUCGGACCAACGUAGAUAUCGACAGUUCGUUGCAGUGAGAGUCGGUGAAAUCCUGAGCGAAACCUGUGUGGGCGAAUGUCGGAAAGUUCCUGGAAAGCUGAACGUGGCUGACGAGGCGACAAAAUGGGGAAAAGGUCCAUGCUUCAAAAACGGUUCUCGGUGGUUUACGGGUCCGAAGUUCCUCUACAAGGCUGAAUCGGAAUGGCCAGGCAACGAGCUACCAGAACCGAACAUACCAGAGGAAUUACGAACCGUCCACGCACAUCAUCGUGAAAUCACCGAACCAUUGAUCGACUACAGACGUUUCUCCAAGUGGGAAAGACUCCAGCGAGCAACCGCGUACAUGCUCCGCUUCUGUGCUAACUGUUCCGGAAAGGUGCGUGGAGAUCCAACAGAAGCCGGUGAAUAUUUGUCUCAGGAAGAGCUGCAGUCCGCGGAGGAAACACUCUUUCGCUGGAUACAAAUGGAAACGUACCCCGACGAAAUGAUCGCAGUCGAAGAACAGCAUCAACGAUUUCUGGAACAAGCCCCCAGACUCGAGAGAACCAGUCCACUUUGCAAGUUGUCUCCGAUGUUGGACGAGGCAGGAAUGCUGCGGAUGGAUGGGCGUAUUGGUGCCGCUCAUUAUGCACCGUACGCCGUUAGAUUUUCGGUUAUUCUGCCGAAAAACCACUACGUCACCGGCCUUAUCUUGAACUGGUAUCAUCGACAAUACGGUCACGGCAACUCUGAGACUGUGGUGAACGAGGUGAGACAGAGGUUCCAUGUCUCCAGUUUGCGGAAUGCGGUCCGGAAAGUAGCAAAGACGUGCAAAUGGUGCGUCGUUGGAAAGGCAACUCCUCAACCUCCUCGUAUGGCAUCGCUUCCAGAAUGCAGGCUAGCAGCGUACAUUCGACCGUUCACCUUCGUGGGUGUGGAUUAUUGUGGACCGUUUCUUAUCCGGAUUGGCAGAGCAAGUGCCAAGAGAUGGGUGGCUCUGUUUGUUUGCCAGACGGUAUGA